AGGUUCGAAAGGUGGACAGAAAAUGCUAUUAAUUUCAGCCCGAAUUUGAAUCCAUGAAUAACUCUUGUAGUUCUGUGCCGUUUCGGUGAUAGACUACUACUUGGAUUAAAAGGUAUCUACAAGUGGUGGAGGGUAGUAGUUUCUGAGACACCAUGAGGAAGGUUCCUCACUGUACACAGGAAAAUUUUAUGAAAAAAAAAUAAGGAAGUGACCAGAUAGCAGAAUUCAGAUGGGAAACUUGAGUCCAUCACAAAGACCGUGUGCUUCAGGGAUUGACAAGAGAGGAUGCUGCUCUCUGCCAGGACAAGAAAUUGUGGGACACGGAAAGCGCCAGUAGCUCAAGACUGGGCCUGUUCCUGGAUACUCCGAGGACGAGAAAAAAUAUGUGCAUCACCUCUACCCGUGACUUUGGGAGAUAGCAGAGGAAAACACUAAAACAUCGACAUUUGAAAUUUCUGGAGUCAAGCAGCCAAAAUACUAGAACUAAACUAGCACUGAAAAAAAUGAACUUCCUGUCAACCUUUGUGACCUUUAAGAACCUCCAUGAGGUACGGAGAUUGUGCCACUGGGGUCCAAUCAUAGCCUUGUCUGUCAUUGCUAUAUGCUCCACAAUGGCAAUUCUAGACUCCAUUAUCUGGUACUGGCCUCUAGACACAACAGGGGGGAGCAUUAACUUCAUCAUGCUCAUCAACUGGACUGUCCUCAUACUUUACAACUACUUCAAUGCUAUGUUUGUUGGACCUGGAUACAUUCCUCUUGGCUGGAAACCAGAAAAUCAGCAGGACACCCAGUACCUACAGUACUGCAGAGGGUGUCAAGGCUACAAGGCUCCCAGGUCCCACCACUGUCGAAAGUGUAACAGGUGCGUGAUGAAAAUGGACCACCACUGCCCCUGGAUCAACAACUGCUGUGGCCACUUGAACCACGCCUACUUCACCAGCUUCCUGCUCCUGGCUCCAUUGGGUUGCUCACACGCUGCCGUUAUCUUCAUUAUGACUAUGUACACACAGCUGUAUGAGAGGAUAUCAUUCGGCUGGAGUACUGUAAGGAUUGACAUGAGUGCUGUGCGUCAAUUUCAGCCCCUCAUGCCCUUCAGUGUGCCUGCCUUCGCUGCUACACUCUUUGCCUUAGGUUUGGCACUUGGCACCACUAUUGCCGUUGGUAUGCUUUUCGUUAUACAGAUGAAAGUAAUCCUUCGAAAUAAGACUUCAAUCGAGUCGUGGAUAGAGGAAAAGGCCAAAGACAGAAUACAGCACUACCAAACAGGGGAGGAGUUCAUCUUCCCUUACGACCUCGGCAGCCGGUGGCUGAAUUUUAAACAAGUCUUCACGUGGUCAGGGACACCCAGAGGCGAUGGCAUUGUAUGGCCAGUCCAUCCCAAGUGUCACCAGCACACCUUAACUAUUGAGCAACUGAAACAGAAAGCUGAUAAACGAGUGAGAAGUCAGGUCCAGUACCGGGCAGUAGAGGAUUAUAAUGGAGCUUGCUGUCCUCUCAGCAAGGGUUUACAAACUUUUUUUAGAACCCCCUGCACCGAGGAGCCCAGGAUCCCUCUCUGCAAGGGGGAUACCAUUCUGGCUACUCGUGGUACCAAAUGGUGGAUGUAUGGAGAUAAAGUUUUGAGUGAGGAGGAAGUGAGAGCUGGAGAGCGUGUAAGAGGAUGGUUUCCAAGACGAUGUGUGGAGAAGUGCCAUUAUGACACAGCAGCAAGUGAUGCCACCAGUGAUAAAAAAGUCAAUUAAUACAUGUUAACAGGCUUGAUGCAUUAAACUGAGCAGAACACGUCUCUCAAUGUUUAUGAGCAUCCACUGAAGAUGUCAUGCCCGAUCCUGCAGGUUUACCAUCAUAAAUUUCAAAUUUUCGAUUUCUUGCACAUUUCAGUGCCAACUUAUAUUUCUAAGUAGUUUUUUUAGUCUGACUGAGCACUUUUUAUUUGUGGAGAAGUCAUUAGAGAAACUGGUCCCAUAGGCUCAGUUUGACUCCUCUGACCAAAAAUUAAACUCAACAACCGUCUUAAUGUCCAAGAGUUGCCACCAGACUAUGGUGUAACUUUGUUAUGACUAAACUUUUUACUUGAACCUGUUAUUUUAUUUCUUUUUUGCUACUUAUGCAAAGCCUCUGCCCGCCAAACUUGAGGGCAUCAUCAUGCAACUCUUUCUACCUUACAGAAACAUUUCAUUUUCUUUUUUUUCUUUUUUUUAUUAUUUUUGUAAAAGUAAAUUGUUGGCCUCAAAAUAUAAUUUGAAAAAUAAAGAAAGAUCUCCCCCAA